AUGCGUGCCGUUCUUCAAAGCUUUGAAAGGGGGCAAACAUCAUAUAACGUGGACUCCCGAAUGCGACCAGGCAUUUCAAAACUUGAAGAACUACAUGAGCCAGGCACCACUGUUAUCAAAACCGCUGCCAGGCGAGGUACUACUCCUAUACCUUUCGGUAUCCAACACUGCCGUCAGCUCAGUGUUGAUAAGGAAGCCGGAGAAGGCGGAGCUACCGAUCUUUUAUGUCAGCAAGGCGCUCCAGAGCGCAGAGCUUCGGCUCACGAAAUCACAGUUCUGACGAACCAGCCUCUUCGGCAGGUGCUCCAAAAGCCGGAAACAUCGGGCCGAUUGGUCAAAUGGGCAAUCGAGUUGGGAGAGUUUGACAUACAGUUCAAGCCAAGGCCUGCAGAAAAAGGCCAGGCCGUUGCCGACUUCAUCUCCGAGCUCACGCCUCCUGCUUUAUCGGAACCAUCAUCGCCGAGCGUCGUCCCUACCGCACCAGAGAAAAUGAAUACCGAACGUUUCGACACUUCUGUUCCUCUCUGGAUCCUGCACGUGGACGGCUCGGCAAACCAGCAAGGCUGUGGUGCCGGCUUAGUGUUAACCACUCCGGACGGUAGCAAAAUCGAGUACGCCCCCGAUUCAACUUCCGAACCUCCAAUAACGAGGCAGAAUAUGAGGCCCUCCUGGCUGGCCUUCGGCUAG